AGAAUGAUUAUGAUUAUUAUAAUAUUGCAGUUAAUCAUUAAAUAAAUAGACUUUUUUAUUAAUUCCAUUUUAAUAUUGUAGGCAGUUUUGAUAAAAAUAGGAAGCGAUAUGUGAAGAUAAAAAUAGUCCAAGCGGACAGUGGAAACCCACGCUAUCUGACGUAACUGCGUCAUCCAGCCACGAAAUGGCGUCUCUUCUCAUUUAUUGAGCCACGCCAUAUUUGUGAAUUUAGAAGCUUUUCUGGGAUAUUUCGUGCAAAUACUGCGUAUUUACAUAGAAAAAUAGUGUAAGCCGCUAAACGUCAGUGUGUUUUGACAUUGUUGUGAAUCGCCAUUAAGUUUUUUUUUUAAUUUUUACUUUUUCUAUAUUCGAUUUCUUUUUUUUAAUUAAAAAAAACAAACGCCAAUCUAUUCCGACAGGCUUUGGAUUUCUACUUUUUCGAGAUCCUUUUGCGAGAAGCAUGUCUAACUUAGCUAACCAGCAGAAGACCAUUCGGCUGGUUAACGUUGUGCCAGCUCCUAAAAUCACUAAGAUUAAGCAGAAAGAAGUAAUACAGGAUGAAGAAGACACAGUGUGCUGCCGGCUGUGUGGCAAGUCUUUUGCCAACGAACGAGCUCUGGGCAACCAUGCACGUAUGGAGCAUAUUGAUGCAUACGCCAGUGGCGACCCAAAAGUGUGGACACAGGAACUGUUUGCUGGCAAGAAGGCUCGCAUCGCAGCAGAGAACCAGCUCAUCCAGCAACGCACAGAGCAGAUGCUGUCCGUCAUGGAGCCCACCAGCCUCACCAGCCUUGCCUCUUCGGAUGUCAGCUAUAUCAUUAUCAAAGCGGAAGACCAGGAGCUAGCGGAGACCGCCACAGUCACUAAGCGACGGAAGGUGGAGAAAGCUAAGGAGAAAGUGAUGGUCAUGAGAAAGGAGAAGGAAGCACAGCCCAUCACCGGGCCAUUCGAGUGCCUGCAGCCGUCGGCCACCAUCGCGGGCGGCACGUGCCACCAGAUCUUCUUCUCGUGCUGCGAGUACUCGGCGCACCACCGCGACGAGCACACGCGCCGCCGCAAGGGCGUGCGCUGCCAGGUCUGCGAGGCGCCGCUCACGCCGGCGCACAGCGCGCCUCACGUGUGCCAGGUGUGCGGGCAAGGCUUCGAGACGAUAGACGAGCUGACCGACCACACCAACUCCGCGCACGUCAAGCUCAAGCCCUACGAGUGCAGCGUGUGCCAUAAGCGGUUCACGCAGCAGGGAGGCGUCCAGCAACACAUGAGGAUGCACACCGGGGACCGCCCCUUCCCGUGCACUUUCUGCCCUAAAGCUUUCACGCAGAAAUCAGGCCUAGACCAGCACCUCAGAAUCCACACGAAAGUAAAACCCUACCGCUGCGUCAUAUGCGACAAGAAGUUCUGCCAGUCCGUCCACCUCAAGCAGCACAUGCGCACGCACACGCACGUGGCGCCCUUCCAGUGCGCCAUCUGCCAGAAGCGCUUCAAGCAGUCCAGCCACCUCAACUACCAUCUGCGCGCGCACAACGCCAACCUCGACCAGCUCCACCUUCACGACAAGGAGGUUGUCGAGGUGGAGAUCUCGCAAGAUGUCGCUAUGUACGCCGAGCAGGAGGAGUAUAUAGUUAGCGAUGUGUGGGAGCAGGAACGGGAGACUUAGUCGAUAAGAGUUGUAAGUACUGAUUACUGAUUGGAGUAUUUAAGCUCUUAUACGCCUUGGGCCAGUUAAACCCGACAGAUUUUAACCACGCAUUCCUGAGGUCAUAAGGAGCAAAAAAUGUUAUAUGAGUUUUGGCCAAAUUCGCCAAAAAAAAUUUUAUUUUUUGCCAAAAAAAAAAUUUUUUAUACGUUUUCUGCACACGACACGUUAUUUUUAACGAAUAAGUAAAGUUUUUUUUUAUUUACAGACGAAAAUUGCGAGUUUACUUUAAAACUAAUAUCUUCAGUAGGUAUGUCUCAACCAACUCACAUAGUGGCAGCGUCACAGCUAAAAGGGCGUUUUUGACUAAGUUAUAAAAAAGAAACAAAUUUUCACAGAAAUUGUCAUUAUCUCUAAAACAAGACCGAUUUCAGAAAACAUUGUAUGACAUUUUAAUCUCUAAAUGCGGUCAAGAAUACACAUUUGAAAUCUGUCGGGUUUAAUUGGCCCACGGUGUAUAGUUAGCGAUGUGUGGGAGCAGGAACGGGAGACUUAAUUGAUUUGAAUUGUCAGUACUGAUUACUGAUUGGAGUAUUUAAGCUCUAUAACAGUGUUAACCCUUUGAACGCCAUGCCUGUCGGCGCGUGAACCUUGUCGGAAUGCACGAAGGUUAGCACGGUCAGUUCAGGUCUUUGGUGUUCAAAGGGUUAGUCUUGAGGAUUUUGCUGUGAAAUGUUCAGAAUCUAGAUUUUUUUCCUUAUGUCCGCCCCCCGUGACCGCCGUGACAUGAGGCGGGGACGAAUCGGAAUGAUUUGUAUGAUAUCUGUUCCCGGCGGGGACUGGGAAUAUGUAAUUUUUAUUUUAACGUUCGCAACUCGCUAUUGCGGGUUUUAAGGGUAGGAAUUAAAAGAUUAAAAAUCUAUGUCUCAUAUAUUUUGUUGAACCGAAAUGCUCUAUUGCCAAACUGAAAGUUUUGUUUCCUAUGAAAUUUUCCCGAAAUAUUCGCAAGCUUUCCAAACUUGGAAAUCUUCCGUAGAAUCCAAUUUUUUUUUAUCAGUGGAAAAAAAAGGAUUUAUUAGUCUGUCUUUAAAUAUAUUUUUUUGUUACGUCGUCGUUUUUAUUAUUGUAUUGUUUUUGUCCAUGUGACGGAGUGGUCAGAAACAAGACAGCGAAUAUAAUUUUGACCCAGAUGUAAAUUAAAAGCGAUUGGAAUUUUUAUAUAGAGGUAAAGUCUAAGGAAAAAACUUAUCCCUUACUUUGACAUCGAAAAUAGAUGGCGCUGUACUGCGCCAUAUGUUUUGCGGUCACUGAAUUGUCAAACGUCAACUUUUGACAGUUACCGCAUAAUCUAUGGAUGUGUAGUGUGUACAGCGCCAUCUCGUUUACCUGUCAAAUUCAACGCACGAAAUUGUCUUAGAUUUUACACAUCUUACUCAAUAUCUUAUACCGGGUGUUUCCUGUAACACGAGCAAAUUAUUAAACCUUAUAUUGUACUCCUAAAACGAUAUAACUUUUGACUAAUAACUUUUAAAAAUUAUGAAAUCUUUAGAUUUUAACUUUUUCAUACAAAUUUAAUAUAUAUAACGCUGACAUCAGUGUGUUUGACGUUGUUUUGUCACGCUUUACACGUACCACAAUUUGCAAUACAUUGCGUCUUAGAAUUAACCUCAAUGUGUAAUAAAAAAUUAAAACAUAAGUAAUUUUUAAAACUUGCUGAACAAAUAUUGGUGAGUUUGAGGAGUACAGCCUACGGUUUAAUUUAUUGCUCCUGUUACAGGAAACAUCCGGUAUAAACUAUUGUCACUUGGCUAUAUACCCUGAAACAGUGGGUACUGUCUUUGUUCUAAUAACUAUAUAGAUAUAAUAUUAUAAUUAUACCAUUACAAUAUUGAUCUCGCAUGUAAAAAUAUACCUGUAGGUAUUUUAUUGUCAUAGUGUUUAUUUGUAUGUCCAUUUUAUAUGUUUUUUAAGUACGCAAUAUGUAGAAUGUUUAAGGAAUUGAAUAUAUUGAUGAAUUUGUAAUAAA